AUGUCGAAAUACCUCUCUAACAGCAAGCGAUACAAGUAUCCUCUGCCGAUUCAUCCUUUGGAUAAUUUACCACAGCUCCUGCCGCACAACCCGGUGUCUUGGCUAUACUGGUUAUAUUGUUAUAUCUCAAGUACCAAUCUACUGGCAAAGAAGAUUGACAUCGAAGUUACGAACGGUCAUCGCAUCACCGUCCCAGGCGAAGAAGAUAUGCUAUAUUUAUGGAAUAACGGCUUUUUUGGCACAGCACGACUCUCCCGAAGCGAGCCAACCUGGAAGGCCAGAACACUGGCACGAUUAGGCAUUGAUGAGUCUUUCAAUGCCUUGGAAAAGGUGACUGAAAAAAGGCGGCAUCAAAGACUAGCUUUCAAAAAGGAAAGAAGAAAGUUCGAGGCGAUCAGACUAGACCUUCGGAAGAAGGGAGUUCUUGAGAGUGAAAUACUUGAUAAGGAGAGGCAGUUCUUACGUGAACUUCGAGAUCAAGAACUCAUACUUGAUAGCGAAGAUUAUCAGGUUAGGGAGGAAGAUGAUGAACUCUUAUUGAAUGAUGGUAUAGUAAAUCUGGAGGUACUUGAACUAAUGCCAGUUGAAGCUAUUUUUCUAACGUUUGCUCUACCUGUGCUGCGUCCCUCAGUUGCAGAGAUUGCCGAACUUUUACUGGGGCCAAAACCCACCUACACAGAAAUACACAAUCUAAUCACACAGUAUGUGGCUUACCAUCAUUAUAGAUCCCAUGGCUGGUGUGUGAGAUCAGGAAUUAAGUUCGGUUGUGAGUAUCUUUUAUACAAGAGAGGUCCACCUUUCCAGCAUGCUGAAUUUGCCGUCAUGGUUCUUGAUUACAAAGACACACCUGACUAUACUUGGUAUUCUGGCAUCGCCCGUGUUAUUGGCGGAGCAAAGAAGAGUUUGAUUUUAUGCUAUGUAGAACCUUUGCUGCAGAAAGAAGAAAUUAUGUCUUUGUGGGAUCAAAAGGAUUUUGAGCAAGUAUUUGCUAGUCACAGAGUUGGAGAAAUAUUGUACAGAAGAUGGGUUCCGGGGAAGAAUAGAGACUAA